AUAUAUCUGUGCAUUACAAACGCUAAAUGCGCUUAUAUAUAUGUAUAUUUGAAAAUAAGAGGAAAGAUUCCGUGAUCGGUUUCGAAUAGUAAUGAAUUACUUUUGAAAGGUUGGAUGUACAGCUAAGUAUUUUGAAUAUUUGUAAGGAAAUGAAAAAGUGCGACUAAUCCAAAAACUGUAUAAGUAAGAAAGUUAAUAAAUAAUUCAGCAUGCAAAUGUGAAAUUGUGCUUUAUGCCUCCAUUUUCAGUUGGUACUAGUUAAAGCUUCCGCCACACCCCGUAUCCAGUCCUCUCCUCCUCAUGCGAAGGAGAAUAAAAUUGUGAAGUGGUUGUGCUAAGUGCCGAGAUAUUUACAUGAGUCAAGGACGGUUCAUUCGUUUUCGUAUUUCUGUCUCUCCGUGGUGAUUCAGCGAGUACAGAAGAAAAUUUUACUUAUUCGUACAUACAUAAAAUAAAAAAAAAUACUUAGGAUACCAAAAUAAAAAUACGCAUCAGAAAUAUUUAACAGUUACCGUGGGUGAAAGAUUUUUGUUGAAUUAAAUUCAAAUUCAUAUAAUGGUGUCUAAAAUAGUUUUUCAUUCUACCUGAAACAGGAUAAAAAGUGAAACAGAGAAAUCAGUUGCGUCUUAAUUUUUUAAGUGUAUUAAAUGCAAAAUUUACGCAUAUUUGUUGAAAGUUUGAAGUGAAUGAAAAAAAUAUAAUUUAAGUUAGUCAUUAAUUUAUAACUGAGUACACAUAUUAAGUUUCAGAUUUAAAUGACAAUCAAGCUUUUACUACGAAUAAUGAUGACACAAGAUUGUGGAAUACUAAAUAUCACAAGGACUUGCAGAUUAUUUCAUGGUCAAUAAUCCUACUUUACUGUGAGCUAACCAGACACAUUUAGAGGUCAAAUAGAAAGGGGUUGUGAAUUGUCACUUUGCAAUAGACACUAACAAACGGACAUUUUAAGAGAUCCAGAAAAUCAAAAGAUUUUACUUUCGCAUGCUUAUUUGUUCCACUCAAAAUAGAUAUGCACUUUAUAAUGUUAAGAAGCUGUUUUAACAGCAAUUCGACUCAAAAGAGCCACAUUGGUCACUCCCCUCCUAAAGUACUCACUUCGAUUAAAUAAAUUUAAAACGUAAAUAUAUCUGUAUUCAAACCUAACUCCCUGGAGAACAUACCAUAUACAUAUAAACAAACCAUGAGCUCUACAAAUUCUCCAACUGUCCCAAAGAUACAUCGAUCUCAAUAUAUUCAACAAUUUCAACGGCGAGUAUUCGGUAAAUUGUUAAAUGAUAAAGGGUUUAGCAGACAAAAUCGAAUGCAGUUGACCUUAAAUGAAAGAUUGGGGACAUGUACUAUUUACAAGUAUUGCCGGAGGCUACAAAAGUGGAAUUGUGUUACCAGAAAAUCGGGAAAUAUGACUGUUAGCACUCUUGGUAAAUCGAAGGGGCUAACGCCGAAACAUAGACUGACUUUCUGGAGAUUGGGCGUUAACUACAGCAUAAUGACAGAUUCAAUACAUACGAUAAUGUUAUUGUUUGCUGUUAUAAUGACUGUUUUGAUAUCGGAAAGCACUGUUCUAGCAUCGCAACGGGACUCAGUUAAACAAAAGAAUUCCAACAACCUGAGUAGUAAUAUACCUACGGGAAGCGGAGUUGAUACCAACGGUAAUUUUGAUAGCAUUAGCGAUGCCAACACCAUUAGGUCUAGAAACAAUGCAAGCAAUGGAAAUCCUGAUAUCAAUGUUUCAUUAGCAGCGGCUGAUAUACGUAAUAAGGCCAAUUACGUCACACUAUCACCGAUCGUCACUUCAAGUACUGCUUUCGUAACUGUAGGAGUAUUUAGUACAGCGAGCAAUUCGGUAUAUUAUGGAGGUGUGCAGAAGAACAGUACCGCACAUUAUUCGGGGACAUCCAUCGUCAAUCGUAAUGUGAUUGAAGUAACGGAAGAUAAUCGUAAUGGUCCAUACUUUGACAAAGCUGCAUCGAAAAAUAUAACAGCACUCCUCGGAAAAACGGCAUAUUUAAAUUGUCGUGUGAAAAAUCUAGGAAAUAAAACGAUGCUUUUGCAAGUUUCUUGGGUGCGGCAUCGAGACAUCCAUCUGUUAACUGUUGGACGGUAUACAUAUACAUCGGAUCAGCGCUUUCGUGCUAUUCAUCAGCCACAAACCGAAGACUGGAUUUUGCAAAUUAAGUAUCCUCAACAUCGAGAUUCUGGUAUAUAUGAGUGCCAAGUUUCAACCACGCCACAUAUGAGCCAUUAUAUUCACUUGAAUGUUGUCGAACCUUCUACGGAAAUCAUUGGCGCGCCGGAUCUUUAUAUAGAGAGCGGUUCAACAAUAAAUUUAACUUGUGUAAUAUUAAAUUCUCCCGAACCUCCUGCGUACAUAUUUUGGAAUCAUAAUAACGCUAUUAUCAACUACGACUCUCCUCGUGGUGGUGUCUCGGUAGUAACAAAUAAAGGGGAAACUACAACUUCUUUUCUUCUUAUAAAAUCUGCUCGGCCUUCAGAUUCCGGACACUAUCAGUGCAACCCAUCAAAUGCAAAACCUAAAAGUGUAACGGUUCAUGUACUGAAUGGUGUUUCUCAUUCCGUUUCCAGGGGAGUUCCCAGCAGCAAUGCAGCGCGCGGGACCAGUAUAUCUUCGAAUGUCCCAAAGUCGAUAUCUCCUAGUGUACCUGUCAAUGUACUUAUGCACCUUAGCAUAUGUAAAGUGGUAUAUGCAAACAUUGGCAGCAGUUGGGAUCAAGAUAGCAGGAAUUUGAAGCAUCUUGUUGCGUGGGUUUUAAACGUACUCGUGUUGCUGGCAACCGAUAUGCUUGGAAAGCAAGUUAAACGAAGAAAGUCUGGAAUGAUUAAUACCUGCGGCUGCAACUUCAAUGAUAUACAACUUAAACAAAAUUUACACCUCCAAAAGUCGAAAUCAGAUAACAAUAGCCAUAACGGAGAGGUCAACUUACGAAAUUUAUUUUAUAAUACUACUAUUUUUAAGUCGAUGAAACACUUUAACGUUGUACAUACUUGUAUACUGUUUAACAGACCUAUAUUUGAACCAGACAUCAGGUGAGUGCGUUUCGAUUUAAUGCCUUUUACUGGUCCUAGCCAUGUUACCGAGAAAGAGGGCAAAGUAAGCUCAAACAAUCCGAACUAAACUUGACUAAAGUGAGUUUUAUAAUGAUAAUAAUAUCCAUCGCAUUUUUUUGUAUUAUGUGUAUUGUAUAUUUUGGGUAUUUACUUCCCUCGGGUUUCCAACUAAAAGCGAAACCGGACUUUUUUGUAAUCGAAUAAAAGUAUUAGGUAAAUUUGGGUAUUUGUAAAGUUACUUAUAAGACAUAUUGUAAAUAAAACUAAUAUAAUACACUAAAUAAUAAUGAACCAAAAAUUGAAAAAAAGACCAAAAAAAAAAAGCGAAAAGAUAUUGUUUCAAGAAUAAAAUUCUAAAUUGCUAAAAACUAUGAACUAAUAAAGUUAGAGAAAAUUAUUAACUAAAAAAUAACGAUAAUUAUUGUAUGCUAAGUAAGCAUAUACAACUAUCCUUAAGAGAGAACUCAAAUUUGCUUGGUACACCAAAUAUAUAUUUGCGAAAAUAACACAUUAAUUUGUUUUAAUAGGUUUUUUUUUGUUUUUUUAAUUUUUACAUAUUAUUACCAAUUAAUAAAUUCGUUUGUCCGAUUUUAUAAUCGGUAGAUGCUUAUUUUUUCUAUUAUACACUUCAUAACUCUCUGGAAUAGGUAAAAUUACACAUAUGCUCUCUAUUUGUUUAAGCAUGUUAAAUAAUUAUAUAAUAGCUUAGAAGUGCAUGAGAUGUAACAUAACUUACCAAGACGGUAAAUUAAAUUGUUAGACGGAAUAAAACCGGUUGCUUCACCGAUACGGCAACAGAUCAUAGAAUGUAGUACGUAUUCUCAUUCCAAAUGUACCUAACUCGCAACGCAAUUAUCAAUAUGUACAGUAUUUUUAUUUUCUUAAAUUAUAAAUUUGACAUUAUUCAUCAUUAAUUAUAAUUUUACAGGUAUAUCAUACAUAUAAUAGUUAAAUCCAAUAUGGUUUAUUUUCAAUCUUCCGAAAACUUCGCGCGACAAGUUAAUUUAAAAAAUACUAUCAAGAUAUUUUAUUUGUAAUUUUUUCAGGAUGAAGCCCACUUUAAACAAUUAUUUCAACAAUGACCAGUUUCUUAUACAGAUACAUUUUUUUUCAUUGGCUUAAUAUUAUUUCCUAGCUUGGCUUAUUCAUAAGUACAUAUGUAUGUAUGUGUUCCAAAUUUGAGAUAUAAAAAGCACCUAUUUUCCAUGCAGUUAGCGGCAAUAAAGAAUAUGAUGCGAUGCUUUUCCCUGACAGUUGAAUAACAUGUGUGUAUUAUUUUUUUAUUAGUACGAGUAUACAUAAACCACAAGCAACAAAAAUUACACGAGCGUCCUUUUGUCAUUGGAAAAUCGUUCUAUAAUUAAGUUAUAUACAUCUGAUGUUUUAGUGACUAAUUAUAUAAAAUUAUAUAUGUAUAUUUGAACAUUCUGAUUUUUAUAUUUUAAUGCAUUCUUAAACUAUUUAUUUGUGUAUAUAUAGAUUUCGGUUUUUUAAUGGUUUUUCGAUAUUUUUUUGCAUUUUGUGUACGGUUUGUUCCGCACAAAUUGACUGACGACCAAAAACUGCGCAGAAUCCAACAUUCGAAGGACCGAUUAUUUGACCAAAAAUCACAUUUAACCAAUAACCACUCCCCGUAUUCUCCAGAUAUGGCACCGGAAAAAUGCAUUUGCCCAUGAAAGGAAAGCGUUAUGCAGACGUAGAGGCCAUUCAAAACCCUUGCACCGGCAUACUGGUAGCCACACCGGCCAACCAGCUAAAACACUCGUUCGACAUGCUUUUGAACCGUGUAAAAAGCUGUAUUGAAGCAGAAGGAGACUAUUUUGAAUAAAAUAAAUUGAUUUUGCCGAAAAAAACAUUUGUUCUGUUUUUUUAAGUCCUGUUUAUUUUGGAAUGCAUCUUGUAUAUUUAACAUUCAUAUUUGACUAUCUCGGGGUUAGUAAAAAAUUUCUAGGAUUCACAAUAAAUUAUCAUCUUUUCAUUUUUGAUUAAAUAUUUGCUGAGUAGUUUGAUGUUUCAGAGCAGUGACUAUAUGAAGUCAAGGCGAGAUCAUUAUUUCAUUAUCUGCAGAUUACUGGUUCCCAGUUUGCAAAAGCUCAAUUCUCGCAAAGAGAGCUUUAAAGAAAAUGGAAUAAUAUUAUUGAGAAGAGAAAAAAUUAAGCGGUUAAAGAUUUAUAAUACUUGUACAUAUCGAGCAAGAAUUAACAAACUGAUUUAGACGAAAAAAUCAAAAUUUUCAGGAAAUAUCUCGCUUAAUGAAGUUGAAUGAAAUAUGUUAGACGUAUAAACGCAGUAAUGUUUAACUUCAACCGCCAAACCCCAUUGACACAGAGUUGAAAACCGUAGUAUCACAAAAAUUGUUGUUUGACAACACUUCAAACGAAUUUGUUUUGACGAUCGCUAUUAAUAAUACCGAAUUUCCAAACUUCAACAAAGGUGCAGUUAGGUUGAAAAUCAUGAAAGGAACCUUACAUUAAGCUUCAAAAAUAUUCAUAGAUUUAUUUUGCGACAUUUGCGUCAAGUUUUCUGUUCCAGAUUCUGCAACUACGAUAGCUUUAUUGUAUGAUGACAUUCAUUUGGAUUUCAAUUCAAUCAGAAUUAUUCAUUUGUCGCUUGUCAUUAAAUUACAUAUGUAUUAUAUAAUAUCUUCGAAUAAGUACGUACAUUUGUUGAUGUUAUGAAAAUUGAGUAAGUGGUUUCCACGAGUCUCAAAAAACAAAUGAAUACCAUAGAAUUAAAAUUCGCUGUCAGUUUUUAACUAUCUGCACAUUUUUAUAGUUAGCUUUCAGUUAUAUGCAAAUAUAGCAUAAUGUACAUUAUAAGUUCAUAUAUAAUCUCAAAUAUUCCAUUUUAAGUUCGUUUAUGUUUACCAUAAAUUUUGAAAAUGAAUUGAAAAGCCUUAAAAUUUAAGUUAAUCAGUAAUAAAUUACAUUAUGACACAAAAAGGCUGCAAAUACAAGGUGUGUCCAAAAGUAACCGAACUUUAUAUUUAAAUCAUACAACAUGCAGCGAUACGUACGAGUAUAUCCGUUGAAAAUUUGAAGCAUUAAACAAAUACAUCCAUCCAUCAAACUCACCUAACUUCAUAUAAAUCGGAUGAUAAAUGUUAAAUUUGCCGUAAUUUCAAUAAAGGAAGAAGGGUAGAAUUCUUUCAUUUUAACAAAGAGCAAAUACAUUAUUUGUGUUAAAUCGCCCUCACAUACGAAUUGAUGAAAAAAUUCUUGAUUAUGAUUAUAUGAGUGGUACUCAAGUUUAUAUGUGGUUUAUACGAAUUUAAUGGUCAUGAGGAUUUAAAUGACGGCCAAGGCAUGGCAUAGCAUAACUGGCAGAGUCAGUCCUUAAAGUAAUUUUACAAAAGUAUUUGAAUAAUUAUACGCUGAACAGAGUUUCUUAAGUUUGUCAUGAAGUUUGUAACACCCAGAAGGAAGACCCUAUAAAGUAUAUACAUAUAUAAAUGAUUAGUAUGUUGAGUUGAGUCGAUUUAGCCAUGUCCGUCUGUCUGUAUAUAUACGAACUAGUCCCUCAGUUUUCAAGAUCUCGUCUUGAAAUUUUCCAACCGUCAUUUUCUCUUCAAGAAGCUGGUCAUCUGUCGGAACUGACCGAUAUCGGACCACUAUAACAUAAAGCUGCCAUACAAACUGAACGAUCGGAAUCAAGUGCUGGUAUGGAAAACUUUUGCAUUUGACAAGAUAUAUUCACGAAAUUUAGUAUAGAUUAUUGUCUAAGGCAACAAUGUAAUAUCCGAAGAAAUUGUUCAGAUCGGCUCAUUAUAGCAUAUAGCUGCCAUACAAACCGAAUGAUCGGAAUCAAGGCCUUGUAUGGAAAACUUUCGCAUUUGACGUGGUAUCUGCACGAAAUUUGACAUGGGUUACUGCUUAAGCUAAUAAUAUAAUCUCCGAAACAAUUGUGCAAAUUACUAUAGCAUAUAGUUUCCAUACAAACUGACCACUAAAAUAAAUGCACCUGCGAAGGGUAUCUUAGUUUCGGUGCAGCCGAAGUUAACCUUUUUUCCUUUUUUUAUCUGAAGAUUUGGGUAAAAGAAAGAUCUGUGCGCGUUUUCUUCUACAUUAAUAAACUGAAGAAAAUAUAACAAUUUUUUGUAAAAUAAAAACGGAUUUCUCUAUCAACCACCAUUUUUAUUUGCCUGAUCUAUCACAAUGAAACUUUUUUCUCUUUCCAAAACUGAAAAACAACAUGAUGGAAAAUGAAAAGAGCAUUUUUUGAUCAUAUCCCUGAAAAAGAGUUCGGUUAUUUUCAGGAUACACUAUAUACGGAUAGUGGGGAAAAACAAAUGCAUGAAAAACAGUUCCGAGAGCGGUUCAUUGCAUUCAUGCAUUGAUCACAAGGUGCUUAACGUUAUGUUAUUUUAACUAUGGAUUACUUAUGUAAGUAUGUACAUAUAGACAUAUGUAUAAGUACAUACAUAUAGUAGAUAAAUACCGCACUGAUUUAAGCUCUUUGGACAUUUGGAAAAAUGUACCUUAAAAAAUAUAUGUAGAUACAUAUAUGUAAAUAAAUAUGUGUUAAAUAAUGUUACCGUCAUUAAAAUACCAGUCAUUCACACGCCAUUAGUUAAAUAUAAUACAACAAGUUAGAUUAAAGGGAAAUGUUCUCAAGGUACAUUUGGGAGUGUAGCUACCGAGAAAAUGAGUAAGCUUAAGUUAAUUUAUCUGCACAUGCUGUUAUACAUAUAUAUGUAUGAAGUUGUUUGUUCAAAUUUAUCGCGUGGACUGCAUAACAAAGAGAAAAAAAUAAAAAUAAACCAAAGACAAAUAACAUAAAUAAUCACUGUUAUUUCUUUUAUUUUUUGAAAAUUAAGCAUUCGCCCAUCAGAAAGAUAUACCAUAUACCAUAGGUAACAUAAUAAAUAAAUCUACAAGUACUAUACUGAAUGAGCUGAAAAUAAAAUGAAAAUGAAGCGUUACAAAAAAAACAAAGUUGAAUGUUAAAAUUAAAAAAAACGGUAUUAAUAAAAAAUAAAGUUAUAUUAACAAAUCACAUAAAAUCCUCGAAACAAAUAAAAAACUACCAUUAGUUAAAGUGAGAUAAAACCGAAACUCGUAGUCAUGUAUGGUAAAUAAUGGGAAGUUAAAUGGACGCUAUGAUUAGAACUCAUCAGUUUCAUAAGCAAAUACAGUAAAAAAGCUGCAAAUGUAAUUAAAUAAAUUGUACGAAUUCUCGCAUUUUAUGUUUUCGCAAAACUAUCU